AUGAGGAACUGGCUCACGUCUGGAUGCAUUAAAGAGUGUUUUUCUGUUCUGUUUUCUGUUCCUGUUCUGUGUGCAGGUGUUGCCAGUCAGGCGUAUAGACAUUUAAGUGUUAAAAAUGAAACAUCAGUGACUAUACCAUGUGCUUAUGAUAAGAAAUAUAUACAGCAUAAGAAAUACUGGUGCUCUGGGACACACUCUGGUACCUGCUCAAUUCAGGCGUAUACCAGUCAAACAAAGGGGAGACUGACAGUGACUGAUAACCCAGCUGAGAGUCUCUUUACUGUGACUAUGAAACAUCUGAAGACAGGAGACACUGGAUGGUACUGGUGUGUUGUAGAGAUAGAUAGAGGGACUGAUAUUAGUGAAUACCUUUAUAUCACAGUGAAAGGAGAUCCUGAUCUGUCUGUAAAUGAGAGCAGAGUGAGAGGUGAGGAAGGAGGCAGCGUCACAGUCCAGUGUCUCUACAGAGAGGCAUAUCAGAACAAACAGAAGCAGUGGUGCAGAUUCAAAGACACAGACUGCUACACAUAUAAGAAAAAAACACCCCAGAAUUCAGCAGUGCAGCUCAGUGAUGAUGGGAAAAGAUCCUUCAGUGUGGAGAUGAGAGGACUGAAGAAGAGUGAUGCUGGCUGGUACUGGUGCAGUGUAGGAGAUCUGCAGGUUCCUGUUCAUGUUAAUGUCAGUGAUCCACCUCCAGUUUUGACAACGGCAGGUACAUCAGUGACUAAAGAAAUAAACACAGCACUGACUACAGCAGUGACUACAGCAGUGACUACAGCGGCGACUACAACAGUAACUACAGCAGUGACUACAGUGAACACAGCCACUAAACAAGCCACUACAUACAUGAAUUAUUUCUCACCCACAGCAGCGCAUGUGACAGCAACGUUUAGCAGUGAGAAAACCAUUCUUCAGAGCAAAUCCAACAUGAGCUGCUUUUUCUUUUUUAUUCUCAUAAUUUCAAGUGUUGCCAGUCAGGCGUAUAGACAUUUAAAUGUUAAAACUGGAGCAUCAGUGACUAUACCAUGUGCUUAUGAUAUGAAGAAAUAUAUACAGCAUAAGAAAUACUGGUGCUCUGGGACACACUUUGGUACCUGCUCAAUUCAGGCGUAUACCAGUCAAACAAAGGGGAGAGUGACAGUGACUGAUAACCCAACUGAGAGUCUCUUUACUGUGACUAUGAAUAACCUCCAGACAGGAGACACUGGAUGGUACUGGUGUGUUGUGGAGAUAGAUAGAGGGACUGAUAUUAGUGAAUACCUUUAUAUCACAGUGAAAGGAGAUCCUGAUCUGUCUGUGAAGGAGAGCAGAGUGAGCGGUGAGGAAGGAGGCAACGUCACAGUCCAGUGUCUCUACAGAGAGGCAUAUCAGAACAAACAGAAGCAGUGGUGCAGAUUCAAAGACACAGACUGCUACACAUAUAAGAAAAAAACACCCCAGAAUUCAGCAGUGCAGCUCAGUGAUGAUGGGAAAAGAUCCUUCAGUGUGGAGAUGAGAGGACUGAAUAAGAGUGAUGCUGGCUGGUACUGGUGCAGUGUAGAAGAUCUACAGUUUCCUGUUCAUGUCAAUGUCAGUGAUCCACCUCCAGUUUUAACAACAAUGACAACAACAACGACUACAAUAACGACAACAACACCGACCACAACACCGACUACAAUUCCGACUACAGAACUUACUACAGCAGUGACAACAAGAGUGCCUACAACCAGUGACCAUGAUCCAACCAUUAAAUCCAAGUAA